AUGCUGAACCAUGACGUGCUAAAAGCAUGUCGUGGAACGCGGUCCAGCAGACCCCAGACAGCGGUCCAGCAGACCCCAGACAGCGGUCCAGGAGAGACCCCAGACAGCGGUCCAGCAGACUCAGACAGCGGUCCAGGAGAGACCCCAGACGGCGGUCCAGCAGACCCAGACAGCGGUCCAGCAGACCCAGACAGCGGUCCAGGAGAGACCCCAGACAGCGGUCCAGCAGACCCAGACAGCGGUCCAGGAGAGACCCCAGACAGCGGUCCAGCAGACCCAGACAGCGGUCCAGGAGAGACCCCAGACAGCGGUCCAGCAGACCCAGACAGCGGUCCAGGAGAGACCCCAGACAGCGGUCCAGCAGACCCAGACAGUGGUCCAGGAGAGACCCCAGACAACGGUCCAGCAGACCCAGACAGCGGUCCAGCAGACCCAGACAGCGGUCCAGCAGACCCCAGACAGCGGUCCAGCAAACCCCAGAUAGAGGGCCAGCAGAUCCCAGACAGCGUUCCAGCAAACCCCAGACAGCGGUCCAGCAAACCCCAGACAGCGGUCCAGCAGACCCCAGACAGCGGUCCAGCAGACCCUAGACAGCGGUUCAGCAAACCCCAGAUAGAGGGCCAGCAGACCCCAGACAGCGGUCCAGCAGACCCCAGACAGCGGUCCAGGAGAGACCCCAGACAGCGGUCCAGCAGACCCCAGACAGCGGUCCAGGAGACCCCAAACAGCGGUCCAGCAGACCCUAGACAACGGUCCAGCAGACCCUAG